AUGACUGCUGAUGUGGCUUUGUUCCGCAAGUGGCCCUACGACAGCGUCAGCCUGUCUGACCUCUCCUUGGUCGACUGCAUCGCUAUCCAAGGAAAAGCGCGGGUGUUCACACCGCAUACCGCCGGAAGAUAUCAGAAGAAGCGCUUCAGGAAGACUCUCUGCCCUAUUGUGGAGCGUCUCGUCAACUCUAUGAUGAUGCACGGCAGAAACAACGGCAAGAAGCUCAAGGCCAUUCGGAUUGUUAUGCACGCAUUCGAAAUCAUCCAUCUUAUGACGGACCAGAACCCCAUUCAGGUCUUCGUAGAUGCUGUCAAAAAUGGUGGACCCAGGGAAGACUCUACCAGGAUCGGCUCAGCCGGUGUCGUACGCAGGCAGGCUGUCGAUGUGUCUCCACUCAGGAGAGUCAACCAGGCCAUCUACCUUAUUUGCACUGGCGCAAGGAACGCGGCGUUCAGGAACAUCAAGACCAUCGCCGAGUGCCUCGCUGACGAAAUCAUGAACUGCGCCAAAGAGUCUCCGAGCUCCUACGCCAUCAAAAAGAAGGAUGAAAUAGAGCGUGUUGCCAAGGCCAACCGUUAA